GAACCGUUUUUUCGUAGAAAUUAAAGUGUUUGUUUUGUUUGCAGUGAUACUCAGAAAACCGUUUUUUUUUCGUAAAAAUUAGAGUGCCAUUUUUUUUGCAGUAAUACUUAAAGAACCGGUUUUUCAUUUUUCAUUAGACUAGAGAGCCGGAUUUUUUUGUAGAACUUAUUACACCUAGAGAGCUGGUUUUUUUGUAAGAUACUUACGAAAUUUAGAGUGCCGGUUUUGUUGUAGAAGAAAAAGUUACCUUAAAGUGCCGGGUUUUUUGUAGAGAUAUUAGAGCGCCAGUUUUUUUUCGUGAGACUUAUUAGGAGUGCCGGGUUUUUUGUGCGAUUUAAUAGACUUAAAGCACCGUUUUUUUUCAGAGAUACAUAGAGUGCUGGUUAAAAGUUUUUUUGAAGAAGACAAUUAAUCACUAACUUCUGAAAUAAAAGUGAAUAUUGAAGUAAUAUAUGAUCAAAAAAUGCGAUGGGAAAAGAAUAUUCUAAAAUUAAAAUUAUAAAAACUUAAGUAUAUAUUUAUUCACUUGUCACGCCAUAUUUCCAAAUACUUCUUUUGCACACUACCUGCAAAAACAAAGUAGCAUGACCAAAGAGAAGCAUUACCUUCGGCCCUAAUAACUCCUGCCAGGAUUUGAACCUGGAUCUCUUAUGAAAUUCUCCACAAGAAUCUUACCUUUAGACCACAGGAAUUUUACACAAUUCCUAACAAACUGUGAGAAUUGCAUUACUGUAAAAACUUAUUCAAAAACAGUAACAGCCCUAAUUAUGACCAUGUUUGUUACAAUGUGUUGCAUUUCGGGAAUUUUCCAGGCGAGUUCGGUAAAGUGCGGGCAUUUGCGGCAAGUAGAUGUGCAUUGAAGGCACACUUAACUCACUGACGGGAUUUACUUGCAAGUGUUUUUCAUCCUUAGAUACUCUUACAGCUAUGGUAAAGGGGCAUACUUGUUGCAUAGUUCUAUGGAAAACAUUACAAAAUAAAAGACCUGACAAUUUAGGAGAAUCUUCUUACAAAAAAGCAUAAAUAAAAAAUUACUCACGAUGAAGCUCGCAAUCCUGACCCACGAAAUUUGAAAGACCUUCCUCCGUAAACACAUGCAUACUUUAACUCGUAAUAUUUCAAAUCAGGCUUUAAUUCUUUUUAAUGGUUCUACAAUCCCUUAUCCACAAUUCAGUAAAAUUUAUCUGCUUAUACAAGCUAAUUUUUUGUUGUAGAUCUUCGAACGAAGAGUACAACUGAGAUUCCGCAAUGACAGCCAUUUUCGAAAGAGCGAGCAUGAGGGAAUGCACGAUGUAUAGCAUGGUGGUCUAGAUGAAUCAUGACCUAAAAAUUUACGGGUUUUUUAGUUAAAGAGCUGGUACCGGUUCUUUUAGCUACGCAGUAUUUUAUAACAUGCCUGCAUAACGAAUUAAUUCAUGUUAACAACAACCUAAGAUUGAAAGUCCAACUAACAAAAUGCACAUAUUUAAUAGAUAAGUAGCAAAUGUUUUCAAAGUUCCCUAUCUAUAUAAUGGGCGUGCACAUGCAUGCAAAAUGGUUAAUCAUUCGGGUCAAAUGGUCCAUACAUCUGGCCCUUUUUUUUCUUUAUAUCACUAUUAAAUUAGGAUAACUCCACUACUUUAGUGUCUCAUUUAAUGAGGUCUUCCAAUUGCAGUGUUUAUCAUUUUUGUUUUUGCAGAAUUAAUGUCAUGUUUCAGCCGCACAAAUCUGACAACCACCAAAUAUGUAAUACAACCUUGUCUUACAAAUGAAGAAAAUGCUUUGCACGCCCAAGGAGAAAAGGGUAGCUUGGAAGAAUUAUUAUCAGAGAUUACUUAAGACUGAGUUUGAUUGGGAUGAGGAUAAUUUGUCUGAUGAUGUUGUAGAAGGGUCAGCUAUGCAGAUCAAGACAGAAUGGGAUUAUAGAGAAUGAAGUAUUUCCAGCUUAAAUGAUGUACAACAGUGGCUCGUUAGAGAUAGUUGAGAACUUUACUUAGGUGAUAUGUUGGGCAGUGAAGGGGGUGUUACUUGCAGGGUAGGUUCUGUUUGGAAAAAGUUCAGAGAGUUACUUCCUUUGUUGACUAGCAGAGUCCUGUUAAUUGAGGUAAAAGGCAGGUUGUAUGAGGCCUGUGUAAGAAGUGUUAUGUUGUACGGUAGUGAGACAUGGGCAGUGAAUGCUUAGGUGGAUGUGUAACGCCAGUCUGAGAGACAGAAAGAGUUCAGAUAAGCUAAGAAGCAGGGUAAGUCUCCGUAGAAUUAAAGAUGUUAUCCAGUUAAGAAGAUUGAAUUGGCUGGGGCAUUUUGAAAGAAUGGAGGGGGGUAAUUGGGUAAGAAAGUGUAGAGACUUGAUAGUCCCUGGGGCAAAGCCCAGGGGCAGACCGAGAAAGACUUGGCAUGAGGUUAUAAGGACAGACUUGAUACAGAGGAAGUUGAGUUUAGAUCUAACACAGUCUAGAUCAGAUUGAAAGAGGGUUAUUAAUAUACCCUGUCCAACCCAUGCUAGCAUGGAAACGGAUGUUAAGCCAAGAAUGAUGAUGAUGAUGAGUGUCAAAGCAUGUGAUUUUUAAUCCUUUAGUUACUUUGUUUACAAUAAGGAUGGUGUUACAUGACAAGCAUAUUUUCCUUGUAUAUAUUUUCACUUUACGCACACAGUAAGUUAAUAAUUUUCAGUUGCGAAAAAAAUAAAAUAAAUAAUUUGACUUGCAAAAAAAAAAAAAAAAUGUGUCAAUAAGUUUGUUCUCUUGUUUUCGAUUAUUAAAAUAAAUAGCUGUCAAGGUAAAGAUAGAAACUACCUGCAUGUUUAUUUUUAAAAUUUAUGCAGCAAAAAAUUUUCUUGUGUUGUUAUGAAAGUUAUAUAUACAUGCAGCAGGAACUAUUCUUGUGCUGUUAUACAGAAUUUAACUGUAUUGUUUUGUAAGUUAUAGAUCAAUUAUACUUGUGCUGUUUUGAAAUUUAUUCUCUUUCCAAAAUCUCUCCUCACUGAAAAUAAUAAAAAAACACUUGUUUUUUAUGUUUUUUGCACAGUCUUAUGAGCAAAUCUAAAUUUUAUGCAAAAUAUUUUUAGGGACUAAUUAUAUACUGCCAAUUUAACUAAUUGGCAAUAUAUAAAGUCUUUUGCAGCAUUAAAAUCGGUUAAAAUUCGUAAAGAAGGGUGUUACGGCAACCAUAUCCUGUCUUGUUUUUGGUAUGCAUUUUCCCCAUACUGUGGUCUAAUUAACAACAGUCUUACUUGCAAAAUUACAUUUUAAUUAGUGUAUCUUCAUCGACAAUGUGGGUGUUCUAUCUUGUUUUUUUUAUAUUAUUUCUCCUAUGCGUUAGAUUAUUUUAGAUUUAGCCUUGCAGUAUUACAUUUUAGCUAGUUUAUAUUCAUCAUUCUAAUAAUCAUGGUAAAGGAGGAUGUUACUACAGUAAUAAUCUGUAUUAUUGAUGAAGGUUUAUUUUUAUCAUCAAGGUCUGUUGUCUAUAUUUUGGCCUGUGCAUACACGUGCAAAAUCAAAACAUUACACCCUUAAAUCUAUGCUAAAAUAUCCUAAAAUCGCCAAAAAUAAAAGGUAAUCUGUUGCAAAGCAUGCACAUUUGACACCAAAUUAAAUAAGGUAAUUCUUUCUUAGCUUGAGUCGCGAAACUGGUUUUUCCAUGUAGAUAUAUCUAUUACAAAAUUCUCCCUUGAAACUUCAUAACAGAACAUUUUUUAUAACAAUAUAAUGCAACUGCAUGUCCUUUUCUGUGAACACAGUCAGUCAUUAAUUUUCCUGUUUUAAAUUCUCCCAAAAAACCAUGUGUUUGGUCAAGUAAAAAAAAUAGGCCCAGUUUGGGUAACAAAGCAGGACAACAGUAUUUAGGAGACUGGAGAUGCAGUAAAACAUUAUGGUCAUGUUAUUGGCAUAAAGCCUUCAAUUAUCCCUAAGAAUUGCAAAUGAUAUAAUUCCGAUGACUAAUUUAGAAUUCUUAUUAUGCAGAAUAAUUGGUUGUCUGUUGUUUAUGUUAUUUCCCUGUGUAUAUAUGUGUGAAAUGAAAGAACCAAAACAUUUAUGUCACAUAGAUCCUUGUCUAUAUCUAUUCUGAACAUAUAUUAAUCCAAGGGACCAGUCUCGAAACUGGAGCAUUUAAAAUGCGACCAUGCUACCCAGUCUUAAGACAUGGCAGGACAAACUUUGGUCAUUAUCUUCUGUAUAUGCUGAAAAUUGUCAAAUUCUAAGUUAGUAAGUUGAGUCAUAAAUAAAGCGAAUAAACUGGCAAGAUUUAUUAUAGGUUUAUUUUUAGCAAGAACAUGUAUUGUAAUGUAUAUACAUAUAUAUAUAUCUAUUAUUUCUUAUAGUACGUUAGCAAUCUCUAAAAAGAUUGGAACCAAAUCAACAUGCUUGGAUUUGGUGCAUUAAACGCUGUGUCUACUGAAGAUAGUUCAGUUUCCACUUUUCAUGAAGUUAGAAAAGAAGAACAGGAAGCUGAAGCUUUAGCCUUGUACAACAAAGCAUUAGAAUAUGAGAAAAACAAUGAGACAAAGCAAGCUGAAGAACAUUUCUUAAUUGUUCUUCGAAAAGAGUUAAUUGUGCAGGCCCCUGAGUCAUUAAAUGAGGAUGAGCAGUUACUCCAACAUCCUGCACUCUUUUUGAAAUACAAUGUUUUAAAACAUCUCGCUAACUUAAAAGAAAAAGAGGAUGAUAAAGAGAAGGUAUUGGAUUAUCUGUUAGAGGCAGCAGUUGUGGAUGAAUCUGAUGUUUCCUUAUGGUGGAAAAUUGGGCAAUUUGCAACUUCGACUUUAAAUAUUCGUUUGGCCAGAUAUGCUUUUGAGAAGGGUUUGCUGUACAGUCCAAAUCAUUGCCUAUGUCUUGAUCAGUUAAUAACAGUUUUGUAUGUUGUUGGAGAUUAUACAGCGUGUCUUGAGAUGAUCAGUAAAGCUUUUGAUAGAGAUGAAAGUUACACAAAAGGUUUUGCCAUCAGAGAUCAAAUUUUUAAAGAAGAGCCUUGUUUCAAGAAGGACUGUAUUUCAUUAAGAUCAUUAUAUAUUCAAGACCCAGGCAAAGAUGAAGCAGAAUACCAGAGUUACAUAGAGGAAGCAUUAGUAAUUAGAGGAAAAAGACAACUGCUUGCGAAACGGGAAGAGCUUCCAAAAGUAAAAUUUGCAAAGCCUCUGCAAUAUUAUAUGUGGCAUUGUUUGGGUGAAUCUUUGCUUCAGUUAUAUAGUGAGUUAACAGAUCCCAAUAAAAAACAGUCAUUGUGUUGGAGUGUUGAUUUAAGCAAAUAUCAUAGAAGUGCAGAGCAGCAGAGUUGUCUAGCAAUUCCUUCCCCUGAUGUCCUUUCUAAAAAGUACUUGAAAAACACAUUAAAAGAUGGUGACAACAAGGGUAUAAAACGUAAAAAGCUUGUGUUAUGUUCGCAAGACAAAAAUGAACCACAGCCAAAACGAAGGUCCACAAGGGUAAAAACAUCAAAAGUCAAAGAUGCAGAUGUGAAUUGGUCAGAUUUGGUUUACAAUUUUUUGCCGCCAACAUUUAGAAAUGCUUUUGCUAUGGACACAGAUGAUUCACAAGAUAGCAAGGUUGACAUAAUUGAAAAGCCUGCCCGUGAAACCUACUGGGGAAGUCCUGAAGAAAUUAAAAAAGAAUCUUUGUUAGUUUCGAACUUUAUUAACAAACAGAUAAAAAAUGGGGGAUGUGUUCAAAUUGUAGAAAAUUUAUUACUUACCUUAAGUGAGUUUUGGGAACAAAAAUGGAGAAGUAGUCUUGUGGAAAUAUAUUUACCUUUAUAUGAAAUAUUCUGUAAACAUACUUGCUUCCCAAAUGCUCUGAGCUCUGAUAAUGAUGAAAAUUACAUGGCAAAACUUGGAAAGGUUAUAUUAAUGGCAUUGGAAUUUCAACUGGAUAGUUUGAUGUUGCCAAACAGUUCAUCUUCUCUGGUUUCAUCGCCAAGUCUUUCACCAUUUAAGUCAAACAUGCUGUCCAAACUAAGCAAAGAAGGUUUGACGAAAUUUCUUUCGGAUCUUCAUUAUGUAUCCAUGCUUGGUGCAAUGAAUAAUAUCUUGUCCCAUCCAAAGAACCAAUUCAAAGUAAGAUUUUACUGGGUUCAGGGAAGAUACUGCAUGAUGCAAAAUGAAAUCUAUCCAGCCACCAAUGCUUUAAAUAAUUGCGCACAUGUGUUGUUGAGCUAUUCAUCAAAUGAAAUUACACUUCAUAACUGCAAGCAUGAAAAUAUCAUCUCUGAAGAGACAGUUGAUAAAAAGAUUGAUUCAGUACAACAAAGUCAAUCACUCGAAGAGCUACAAGAGUUGCUAGAUAAACAAAAGCACAGUGAAAUUAUUUCAAUUCUUGAAUCCUUGAUCGAGCCAUCCAACAAGAAUUGUGAUGUGAAGUUGUCUCCAGAAAGACCAUCCCAGCUACUUCUAUUGCAGGAAUCCUACUUUCUAAGCAACAAGUAUCAGCAAUGUCUUGAUUGUACAGUGACUGCAUUAAAUGAAGUUUUUCUCACCGCAACUGCAACUGAGACUUGGAAGAUACACUUAAACAAACUUCUGAAAUGUUUGGAUGAUUGUAUGUCUUGCAAACAGUGUGAGAUGUUGAUAACAACGCAGUUAAUGCAAUCUUUGAGUGACAAAAUGAUCAAGCUUAUUGAACUAUCUAUGGACUGCGACUCUGCAGAGACAGAAUUUGUUACAACAUUACCUUGGUUGAUAACUUAUAGAAUCAUGCAAAUGCAAUACUCUCAAAAGGAUGUUGAAAUCGAUGUAUCGACUUCAGAACAUAGUAAAGAAAGCUGCACUGGUGAAAAUUCGCCACUAGAAUUUUUAAAAAAUGCUCACGAGUAUUUAGGAAGAAAACAUUGGUGUUGCCAUGACGAUGGUAUAUUGCUUCAGCAGUUUAUAAAAGAUUCUUUAUACGAACUUUCUAGAACUUCACAGCGAGAAGAUAUCUUGAAAAAUUUGGAGCAAUGUUUUUAUUGUUUAUACGGUAAUCCAUGCAAGAAAACCAAGACAAAAAGUAUUCAAGAACACAAUGACCAGCCAAUAAAAUUAACAUGGGACAACGCGAAAGUUUUGUACGAUUUCUACAAACCAACUGGACUACCACAGUUUGACCUGAAACCUUUUACAAUUUCUGUAGAGGUUCAAAACGUAUUGCGAAAAAUCUGCAGCGUCGUACCCCAACAAGAUAUUGAAGUUAUUCCAUUUGAAACAUUACAACAUUAUAUCGACGGUGGUGAGGAUUUACCUAUACCUGAUCAUAAUUUGCAGAAUGGAAAAAGUACUGGAAUGGAAGAUUUAUUUUACUAUUUGGGCGACUUUUACUUCAAAAAUAAAGAAUUCAACAAAGCUUUGAAAUUUUAUAUGCACGAUGUAUGCAUCAAACCGACCCGAUUUCAGUCCUGGGCGGCUAUGGCGCUUACCAGAGGUUCAAGACUGGAGGAGAAAAUUAAUCAGUGCGAGUUGAAAAGCGAUGGUCCAAUGAAGAAACACAUAACAGCAACCCUUCGAUGUUAUGAAAAAGCAGUCGCAUUAUGUAACGAGAAGUGUUUGGUUCUCGAAGAGUAUGGCCAGACAACGUACAUGUUGAAUUCAUACGCUGCUAGAAAGUUACUAGAAGGAAUCCAAGAUGAAAAACAUGAUGUACAGCUAUUAGAAAGCUAUCGCACCAUGCAAAAGCAAAUGCUUGUGCUUUCUGAAAAGUGUUUCACUGAUGCAUUGAAAGCGGCUUCCUUAAAAGAAGGCGAAAGAUGGCUGCAUUAUUAUAUGCUUGGAAAAAUUGCCGAAAAAUUACAAAAGCCUGCUUCUUCAUACCUGGAUUAUUAUCAAAAGUCGUUAGAAGAACUGUAUCAAUCAGGAGCUCAUUACUUGAAAAGGAUUUCUUAUCAUGGUCCACCAGAGUACUCUAUCGAAGCAGUUGAGUUGUUCUAUCGCAUCCAUGCUUCCAUCUUGAAAAUUUUGAAAUACUCGGAAACAAUAGAUUAUGAUCUUCUCGAGAAGCACUUAGAACGAGCUGUCAAUCAAAUUAUAUAUGUAGAAAUUGUAGAAGUUGACAAACUGACGUUGAAAGAGAAUGAUGUUUCAUCUUCUGCAGCAGCUAAAGGGAAAGUGACUGUAAUUCCUGAAGAGAGUAUUGUUUCAGACGUUGUAAAAACCUUGAUUGACCUUGUGUCUAAAAACGUAGAAGAACAAAACGUAAACGGACCAAAACAGCAAGGAACUGUAGAAAACAGAUUUGUGACACUUUCUCAAACCAGGAUUAAUUCAAACACAACAAAGAAAGUUCAGGGAAAUUUACAACCGCAGCAGUCCUCGUUGCCAAACAUCAUGUCAAAGAAACCACGUGGUUUCAUUGUUGAUAAAGAAGUUGAACAAUGUUUAGAAGUUUUGGUGAAGAGUGUUUGUCUUAAAAACGUUGAUUUUGAUGUUGCUAUUCAUGAAACUGUACAAUCUAAGUCUACUGUUUCUAACGGUGCGACUUCCCCACCAUUCACUGCAGUGAUGACAACUUCUCCACAGCUUAAUUCUUCUAAGGAAAGUACUACGUUUGUAUCACUGAAUACGCCGAAGAUGAGUGCAAAAGAAGGUUCUAUGCCUUUAAAUCUAUGUGAUGCAUCAAAAACCCCAAAAUAUCUUAGCGCCACUUGCUCUCCGUUAUCAUCUGUUAGUUCAAGUGCACAUUACACCACUCCCUCCAAUGUUGCUAAUAGAUACUCUUCAACAAGUACUGGUUGGCUAUGUACACGAGACGUUUCUACUGCUGUUACAUCGACGUUAAGUUCUUAUGCUAACCCGUUAGACUCGAAAAGUAACAUUUCUUUUGAGAAUAUCGUUCCAAAGUCCACCAUGUCGGUUUCAGCAAGCAAUACGAACCGUUCAUGUUGUUUGACAAAAUAUAUGCAUGAUGCAUCCACAUCAAUGAUCGCAAUUGCAACUACUGGCGUUUGCGUGAAUCAAGGUGAACAGGACGAAAGCAAUUCAUUUAAGUCAAGAGAAUGCUCUACUUCUUCUUCUUCUACAGAUUAUUCGAAAUUACAAUUACCUACCACUGAACGAUUAAAUAAAACUUUAAUUCAAGAUAAGUCCAUACCAUUUAGUGUAUUACCAAAGACUAUAAUAGACCUUACUGGUAAUACUCAAAAUGUAAACAAAACUGCUUUGAACAAUCAAGUAGGAGUUAAGAAACAAACAAAUGCAUUACCAGGAAAUCUUGAAUUAUCUGGAAAAACUGAAAAAGAUGCUGUGACAACUGAAGCUAAUGUUAUUAUAGAAGUUCAGUCAGCAUUAGAUGAUGUUGUUGCAAAGGUAGAAGCAGAAAUAAGCAAGACAUUAUUAGAUUCUAAAACAGCUUCAACAUACACCGUGACAGCUUCAAGCAGUGUUGGCACUGUUCAAAAUACAAAUAAUACAGAAAGUGAUCGAAGUAAAGAAAGUGAUAAAACUAGUAAACAUAUAACAAAGAAAGAGUUUAACAAACGCAUAUUCAAAAAUACAGCUGAAGAAACAUGUUAUAAAGCUACUGCAGAAAAGUGCUUAGCUGCGUUUGGUUUCUGUAUUCGGAGAUUCCCUGAGCACUAUAAAAGUCAAUAUCAGAUGUCACAUUUUUUAGCCUACAGUUGUUUAAAGAAUCUUCAGUGGAGCCGAGACUUGCUUCUUGGAAGUACAACGUCAACAAAAUAUUUCGUUCCACUACCGUCACAUGGCAUUUUUUCUGGAAAGAAAAAGACCAACUUAUUCCAGUAUUUAUGGAGAAUCCCAGUAAACGAAAUCGAUCGUCCUGGGAGUUUUUGUACACACAUCCGCAGAGGGAUCGAGUUAAUGCUGGAUGUUCUAUUUGAAUUGAAGGAUAAUCAUCUCUUACUCCACAUCUCUGCUUUUCUUCAUAAAACACCUGACAAAGACAAAAAAUAUUUGCGUGACAAUGAUCGUGCUUUCUUAGCCAUCAAGGCGUUUGAUUAUGUGCUGGAAACGUUGAAGUGUAAAAUCAAGCAUGUAUCAGGGAAAGAAGAUUUAAAGCAGCUUGUUUUCGAGGCUCAUGAAAUUUACAAACAUUCUCAAAAGAUGCAGAUCUCUGUGAAGACAACGGAAUAUUUGUUGAUAAAAGCUUAUGUAAAGUACACUUCCCCGCAACAAGAGGAAGACACGAAACAUCUUGAAGAAGCCAUCAAGUUUUGUCAACAAACCAAAUUCCCGCUUUAAUGAUGUAUUUUGUAAAAAACAUAUUUCAAUGACAA